AGUACUUUUUUUUUUUUACCACCACUGUUGCUAUCUCUUUCUCCUUAUCUAAUUGUACAGAGUUGACCAUAUGAAAAUACUAAAUGACUGAUUAUUCGCACUGUACUUAAGAGCUAAAUAAUGUGUGUGUCUGUUUCAGAAAAUGCGCUGAAAAAACAACCUGCUGUGGAUCGGGCCGUAAAGGUCUGUAAGAAGAUUGUCAGCUCCUUCUCCUACAGUUGGAAGAAGAAGAAGGCUCUACACAAGGCACAGAUUGAAUUAAACCUGCCCCAACACAACCUUAAAACAUCAUGCCCCACCAGAUGGGGAUCAAUGCACUUGAUGACAGCAAGGCUACUUGAACAAAAGAAAGCCAUCACACAGGUCCUCUCUGAUGACAGAGCAUCAAGGCAUCUGAUACCAAAAUGGUCUGACCUGGAUGUGUUGGAAGCUAUGAACAAAGCUCUGGCUCCUCUGGUGGAGUUCACAGAUGCCCUGUCAGGUGAAGAGUAUGUGACAAUUUCAUCCGUGAAGCCUGUAUUACACAUCCUCCAUUCACGAGUGUUGGCUGAGGAAGAUGACGAUGUGGAGCUAACGAAAGCUAUCAAGUCUGACAUCAUUUCAUACCUUGAUGACAAGUUUUCAGAUCCCACCACUGAGGAGUUUUUGGACAUGGCCAGUUUUGUUGAUCCCAGAUUCAAAGCAUCCUACAUUUCUGCACACCAUGUCCCCACCAUUCAGGAAAAUAUUAAGAAAGAGAUGGAGUCAGCAGCUUUAGACCACACAGGACAAACCAGAGGCAGCACUGCAGCUGAACAUCAGCAUUCUUCAUUUCCAUCUUCUGAAGCAAAGAAGCCAAAGAAGUCACUGGGCAGUUUUGUCAAAAGAAGCGAAGCUACUUCUUCAACUGCACCUGCUGUGUCAAUUCAGCAAGCUGUAGAAGCAGAGCUGAGUAGCUACUUGGUGUCCCCUUUGCAGGAUAGUGAGGAAAAUCCUCUUGAUUGGUGGAGACAGCAUCAUGCCCACUUUCCCACUCUGAGCAAAGUGGCAAAAAAGUACCUUUGUGUACCAGCCACUAGUUCCCCAUCUGAGCGGGUUUUCAGCUCUGGAGGUAAUGUUGUUACAUGCCUCCGAUCCUGCUUGAAGCCAGAAAUGGUUAACAUGCUGGUGUUUCUAAGUAAAAACCUAGACUAAACCCUUAUCUGUGGAAACAAUGAUUAGAUGGAACAGCAAUCUUGAGUUAGAUUGACAUCUAUAGUUGUGAAAACAAGAUACCAAUCUCAUUUUGCUUUUAAUCAUCAGUGUGUUACACUGACAUUUUUGCACAUUUGUUGUUGCACUGGUUAUAAAGUUUGUUUACAAUAUGUAAAAUGUCUACCUCAUAUGGCACGGACUGCUUAGCUGCAAUUGUUUACGUGUUGUAUUGAAAUGUUAAUAUUUAUUCUAUAUUAUAUUAUUAUUAUUUUGUUGUUAUAAUUUUAUUUUCAAGCCAGUCCACCAUGCCUUUUUUGUACUUGGCAAUAGUUAAAUUUGUUUACUUUACAAGGGAUAUUACCUGAACAAAGACCUUACUGCUCUUGUGCCUUUACGUAUGCCUUUGCUCAAAAAUGUUUACAAGAGGUAAAUGAACCUUCACCUGUUUCAUGUAAGCUAAUUGUAGCAAUAUCCAGUCUGCUGAUACUUUUUCAAGUGCACUGUUUAAGCUGGUUUUACUUUUGAUCAUCAGCUUUACACUGAUCUUUUUGCACAUUGGCAGUUGGACUAGUUAAAAUGUUUGUUUAAAAAAUGUUUAUUGUUGUCUACCUCUCACAUGGCAGUGCUUUUUCUG